AGCACCAUUAAUAUUUCUAAAAUUAAAAAAAUAAAGAGCCAAAAUCCCAUUCCUAAUCAUUUUCUUUUAUAAAUACUGGCGAAGGAGAUCAGAAAACCGGCAGACACAGAGGGACUAGCGAGUAGAGAGUGAAGUAAUGAGCGAAGCCUUGAAAAGAGACUACCAAAUCUGCGAGGAGAUCGGCCGGGGCCGCUUCGGCACCGUCUUCAAGUGCGUCUCCCGCUCCUCCGGCGACUCCUUCGCGGUCAAAUCGAUCGACAAAUCCCUCACCGCCGGCGACUCCCUCGACGCCCAGUGCCUCCUCACCGAGCCCAAGGUCCUGGGCCUCGUCUCGCCGCACCCUCACCUCGUCCAGCUCCACGCAACCUACGAGGACGAUUCUCACCUCCACAUGGUCAUGGACCUCUGCCCCAAUUCCGACCUCCACGCCCUAAUCAUCGCCAACGGCGGCGCCUUUGCGGAGAAUGAAGCCAGAUCUGUUUUCGCCCAAUUGAUGACGGCCGUCUCCCACUGCCAUAGGAAGGGAGUGAUUCACAGGGACAUCAAGCCCGACAACGUGCUGUUCGAUUCGUGGAAUUCGGCGAAAUUGGCGGAUUUCGGGUCGGCGGAGGUGGUGGCCGGAGGCGAGGCGGCGACCGGAAUUGUGGGGACGCCGUACUACGUCGCGCCGGAGGUCUUGUCUGGGUGGGAGUACGGGGAGAAAGUGGAUGUGUGGAGCGCUGGUGUGGUUUUGUACAUAAUGCUCGCUGGCUUUCCCCCUUUCUAUGGGGAGACGGCGGUGGAGAUCUUCGACGCCGUGUUGAGGGCGAAUCUCAGGUUCCCGCCGAGGGUUUUCCAGUCGGUUUCGCCUAAGGCGAAGGAUCUGCUGAGGAGGAUGCUGUGUAAGGAUGUCUACAGGAGGUUCUCUGCAGAGCAAGUGCUCCGGCAUCCAUGGAUGACUGGUGGAGGAGGAACCUGAAUCGCAAAUGAAUUGGUAUAGCGUGUAGAAAAGAAGAGUAAAUAGAGUGGACUGCGGCUUGCAACAGCUUUCGUGUAUUGUACAUGGGGAAGGCUGCUUUGUUUACUUGCGGCCAUGUUAGUAGUAGUUUUGUGUAGAUAUGUGGAUAUGGAAUGGGUGGCUUACUGGUUCUCCCUGCUUCUGCUCUGAGUUUGGUAUAGAGAAGAAGCAACUUCUCCUUCCUUUUUUUGGUUUGGGUUUCCAUGUGUUUUUGUCCCAUAAGGGGAUAGGGAAGCCAGGAAGCCAUUACUAAUUCCUACCACUAGUGUCAGUAUGGUAUAAGCAUAGCAGAGGAGUACUGAAAAGGGAUGAUGAAGCAGGUGAUUUGGCGUUAAUGGCUGCUUUGAUUCAGGGGGAGGGGGGUUUUUGGUAUUGAGCAAUCUUGUACGGAUUAUGCGCCUGUAUAAUUAUAAUUAUUAGAUAAUGGAAAUGACUGGAAAUUUUAGGGUUUUGCUGGGAUUCCGUAGAUCAUUCACCCCGUGAAAUUAUUUGCUUCUUUGGGGUGUAGCCGUGUAGAUACAAACUGUUAUUAGACAGCCAAUUCGAUUCAAAAUUCUCCUCUACUCUGUUUUGUUUUACUCUUAGUAGAAGUUGUACUAUAAGACAACAACUGAUCAAUCGUUUAAGAGCGUUCGGUUUUUUUUUUUUUUUAAUAUUUGAUUUCCAUUAUCAAAACGAAGAUUAUGAGGAUGCAUGACUAAUUAGCAUAAACGGAUACAAAUCUU